ACCAUGUCGGUGUGUCACAACCGUGAGGCUACAUGCGUCGGAGGAGGGAUGUUCCGGAUGGAAGACGUGUGUUUGCUGUGACGACUUCCUGUCGGUGUUUGCUGAACGCUGAUUGGUCGAUCCCGUUCCAUCGAGUUGGCGCCAUUGCAAGCCUUCGUUCUCUCUACAGAGUGCUCUCUCCCAACAUAUUUCUCUACUCUUCGUCAGUGCUAGUGGUUCAACCACGACACAAUGGCUGAUAAAGACGCUGCAUUUGACGAUGCUGUGGAGGAAAGGGUGAUCAAUGAGGAGUACAAGAUCUGGAAGAAGAACACUCCUUUCCUCUAUGACCUGGUCAUGACUCACGCGCUGGAGUGGCCCAGCCUCACUGCCCAGUGGCUGCCAGAUGUCACUAGACCAGAGGGGAAGGACUACAGUGUACACAGGCUGGUUUUGGGAACACACACUUCUGAUGAGCAGAAUCACCUUGUAAUUGCUAGCGUUCAGCUCCCCAAUGAUGAUGCCCAGUUUGAUGCGUCACACUAUGACAGCGAGAAAGGAGAGUUUGGGGGCUUUGGAUCCGUCAGUGGAAAGAUAGAGAUUGAGAUCAAGAUCAACCAUGAGGGGGAAGUGAACAGAGCCCGCUACAUGCCUCAGAAUCCUUGCAUCAUUGCCACCAAGACUCCCACCAGUGACGUGCUGGUAUUUGAUUACACAAAGCACCCCUCCAAGCCCGACCCUUCUGGAGAAUGCACCCCAGACCUGCGGUUGCGGGGCCACCAGAAGGAGGGCUAUGGCCUCUCCUGGAACCCGAACCUCAGCGGCUGCCUCCUCAGUGCUUCUGAUGACCACACAAUCUGCCUGUGGGACAUCAGCACAGUGCCCAAGGAGGGAAAGAUAGUAGAUGCAAAGACCAUCUUCACAGGCCACACAGCUGUGGUGGAGGAUGUUUCCUGGCACCUGCUCCACGAGUCGCUCUUUGGGUCUGUGGCGGAUGACAUGAGACUCAUGAUCUGGGACACGCGGUCCAACAACACCUCCAAGCCCAGCCAUGCAGUGGACGCCCACACUGCUGAAGUCAACUGCCUGUCCUUCAACCCCUACAGUGAGUUCAUCCUGGCCUCUGGCUCUGCAGAUAAGACUGUGGCUCUUUGGGACCUUAGGAAUUUGAAACUGAAGCUGCACUCCUUUGAGUCUCACAAGGACGAGAUCUUCCAGGUUCAGUGGUCUCCUCAUAACGAAACCAUCCUGGCCUCCAGCGGCACCGACAGGAGGCUCAAUGUCUGGGACCUCAGUAAGAUCGGAGAGGAACAGUCGCCUGAGGAUGCUGAGGACGGCCCUCCUGAGCUGCUGUUCAUCCAUGGCGGACACACAGCGAAGAUCUCCGACUUCUCUUGGAACCCCAACGAGCCUUGGGUCAUCUGCUCUGUAUCAGAGGACAACAUCAUGGAAGUCUGGCAAAUGGCUGAAAACAUCUACAACGACGAGGACCCAGAAGGUGCUGCAGAUGCAGAGGUCCAGGCAUGAGUUCAGUCUCCACAUCUCUUCAUUUGACCUGCUUGUUGAAAACUGAUUAUUUUUUUUUUUGAAGAACAUUUAAAGAAUAAAAUGCUGCGUUGUCAUCUUGUUGUGAUGUAUUUAAAGUAAGUCUCUAUUGACCAGAUUUUUAGAUAUUUUUUUUCCCCAGUACUCAACUCUUUACAGAUGUGUUCCACAUUCAGGUUUGCUUUUUGAUGGCUUUAUUUUUUUUCAUCCUGUUUAGUUAGUUAAAUUUCUACAAAGAUCCAUUUGUAUUAAAGUUGUACAUACUGUUCUUGUAUUUGCUUGAUAUUCAUAUUAUGACUUUUCCAGAUUCUGUGUGUCACUUUUAUAUGUGCUGGUUUUGUUUUUCUGUGCUGCAUCUGUCUCUUGUGUAGUUAAGUAAAUUCAUAAUAAAAUGUUUACAGUAAA